AGACCGCAUAGUUUCGCGCUUAACAUCACGUGAUGGGGGAGUCUUCUUAUAAUUGGGUCUCUCGCAAAAGACAGUACUGGAGAGAGAAGCGGCAGUUAGUUUUUGAGGAAACUGCUUCUCACCCGCUUAAAGGGAUUACUGUUAUCAAUUCGGGCAAAGAACAGAAAAAAACCGACAUACCCGAUUUCAUUGACCCGUUGACUGCUCUUAUGGACGGAAGGGAUCCCCUUUCCGUUCUAUCUUUAGAGAAAAAAGUUUCUGUUGGUGUAAAAGAAAAAGAAGUAAUAGAGAAAGACGAACCAUUUGAAUCGUGGAAUACGAAAAAGUCGGCUAUUCUAGCUAAGUAUACUACAUCAGAGACUUUGUCAAUAUCAGUUCUAUGUUCAGACGGGGAUAAAAUGUCUGUAAAGUCUGUUGUUAGCGAAACUGUUCGAAAUAGAUUGGAACAAUUAGAUGAUUUUGAAGAAGGAAGUGUACAGGAAACAUUAAAUCUAAGUCAACAAGAUUAUACUAAAAGAAUAGAUGACUUAAAUUCGGAAUUAAAAAUUUCUUGGCAGUCUGAUCAAAGAGUUAGAUCUUUAAAAAUUGUCAUUCAAUGUGCGAAACUUUUGUCAGAUAUUAGUGUUAUUCAAUUCUACCCAAGUAAAUUCGUGCUUGUAACCGAAAUUCUAGACACUUUUGGAAGAUUAGUUUUUGAAAGAAUUCGAGAUAAAUCUAAAAUUGGUUCUGAUAUAGCAGAUAAGUUUACAAGUGAUCAAGUUCCUGAAUCUGCUAAGGAAACCUGUAGAAAUUGGUUUUACAAAAUUGCUUCAAUACGUGAAUUAUUGCCAAGAUUCUACGUCGAGUGUGCUAUUCUAAAAUGCUAUAGAUUCUUAAAACUUGAGCCAUAUAAACCCGCUCUGUUGAGAUUAUCAAGCAUGAUUCGUGGAGUAGGUGAUCCUUUGGUGGCCAUAUAUGCAAGAUGCUAUCUCUGCCGUGUUGCAUCUGUAUUAGAUAAAAAUUUACGGGUUCAUUUAAUGCCAACUUAUUCUGACUUUUUGAUUACAUUUUCCCAAAUACGCUCUGAACGUAUUCAACCGUUAUUAGUUAAAAAUCGGAUUGAAAUGGGUGUCUACAUGAACUUAUAUAGUCCAGCUUUAGAUUGGAUUUUACAGUGUGUUGCCUACAAGGCUUCGAGCAGCGAGCUUAAAACCAUUCUGCAAACUGGAAGAGAGAGAUCUAACAGUGGCAUUCUCUUGCAUUCAAUUCUAUCUGCUUUUCAGCCUGACUACAUUGUUGGCAGAUCGCUAGAAUUUGCUGAAAUGAUAAAGGAGUGCAAAGAUGUUGGAAUUUCAAGGAGCGCUCUCUAUCGGAGAUUGGGAAUGUGUGCUGUAUUCGCAGAAGUUCCCGUUGAGCAUCGCCUUAAUCUGCUCAAUGAAGUUUGGAAUGCUGUAAUGAAACUUGCAGAUCCAGGGGAGUACAUCAGCUGUGCUGAAGUAUGGAUUGAAUUUGUAGCAAAGUAUUUUGGAAAAAGAGAGCUGAAUACACUCUUGGCAGAUGUUGUAAAGCAUAUGACUUGCGAUAGAGCAUUUGAAGAUCAUUAUCCCGAGCUUCAGUCAAUUCUUGGAAAAAUACUCUCUACAAUGACAGAUUUCAAGACUUUAUUCUCAUUGGAUAAAUUUUUGCCAUUUGUCGAUUUAUUCCAAAAGGAAUCUGUUAGAAUUGAAAUUGGUAAAAUGAUAAUGGAUUCUUACAACAAGAACUCGAAAGAAGAGGCCACCGAAGAUGAAGUGCUAAUAAACUCAUUGAUGUAUAUAAGCAGGAUGAUGCAUGAUUGCGUUAAUGCACUUACCCUGGAAGAUGAAGUUCGAUCAAUAACAGGUCAUAUAAUUUCUUAUAUUCGAUCAGUUGAUUUUGGGAGAGACUUUGAGCGUCAAUUGUCUUUCUAUGUCGAAUGUCGCGCCACAUUUAGCGGCUUGGACGGAGUUACAGCAUUCCUUGUGCACUGUGUUAAUGGUUUAGCGAUGGAAACUCGACGAAUCGUUAAUUCUGUUCAUACUGCUAAAACUGCCCCUUUUGUUAGAGCUUGUGUGGCUUAUACCUUCAUUACGAUUCCAUCUUUGAACAGUAUGCUGGAACAAUUUCGAUUAUACAUCCUAUCUGGUCAGGUUGCGCUGUGUAAUCAAUGCUUCAGUCAAGCUGAUGCUUUCUUCAAAGCUGCGGUCACUCUGCUCAAAAGUAUUCCGCCGGCAAUAGCUAUUGAUGGCAAAAGUCGAUCAACAGAACCGUUUCUUGUCGAGUAUAUUCAACAAUUUCUUUCUACAUUGCUUUAUGUUCCUGAUAACCCAGACGCUGGAGUCUUAUAUUUAUUGAAUGGUCUUUUAAAUGCUGUUGAGGCGCAUGAUUGGGAUUCCAGUCAUGAUUCUAAAUUUCAUAUUUUCGCAAACGUUUUGUGCCUCUUAAGUUCUUUCUCGCAAGAGCAGUAUAUUUAUAGAAUAGAGAGAGUUGAUUCGAACGAUGCUCUAUAUGGUUCGGACAAUAAGUUCAUAAACGAAUUGAAUUCUCUUGCUUGUAACGUGCUUGAACAAUGUAUUAUUAGAAUUAAAGAAUUGACUCCAAAAAGAUCAGCCGUUCUAUGUUCCAGCUUACUAAAUAUUGUUAUUGCUCAUGCGGACUUAAAUUGUUCGAACAUCGAAAUCUUACUUAAAACUCUUCUGACUGUACUUUCCGAAACUGAUUUGAAGCUCUUCUCAAAAAUACGAAAACGAGUUGAGGAGGGUUUAAAAACCAAGGAUAAUCAAGAUAAGGCUUUUGAAAAGCUCCUCAAUUGCAUGAAUAAUCUUAAAACUUAA